UUUAUGUUUGUAUACUGGAAGUGUGUUUGUUUGCAAUAUUCUAGGUUUAGACUGGAGAGUUCGCUGCUCAGACCGUGCAAGGAAGGAGUGUGCCACAGACCUGAACUUCUGCAACCUCUGGUCCAACGGAAAAAUCCUCGACACUGCCGUAUCUAUAGUCAUAUACCAGGUAAAGAAUCCUCUGGCUGGCAAGCAUAUUGGACUUCUCCAGGUAUAUCAAAAUGCCUAGGCUCCAAAAAAACAAUAGGAAAGGAGUCUCCUGGAUGAAGGGUGAACUGGAAUCUAUUGACAGCAUGAAGUCAUUCACCAUUAUGGCUGCCGAACCCGUCCGGGGCAUAUCCACCCUGAACCUCGUCCUGAGGAAGUGAUGCAGCACGGAAAGAUCUAUCACUGGUAUCCAAAUGCCUGUAGCCUUUGGAACCCGGAAAAUGAAACUGUAAAGCCCCAGAGAAGGAUGAUGUACUUCCUCCACUGCUCCCUUGUCCAACAUCUUCAACACUUCCUCCCAAAGAGCUAAGCACUUCGAAGACCCUUGAGCAUAACUUAGGUGGAGGAAGGGUCUGUCUGAGAGAGGGGGAGUCAAGUCGAAAGGCAGCUGAUACCCUACCCACUUCUCUGCUCCGUGGUAUUGCUAUUUGGCCCAAUGGUCUACCAGUCAUCCCCCCACACAUGGCAACAGGCAGGGAUUGGCACCCCCUCUAUUGGCGAUGUGCUCUGCCCUUUCCUCCAGCCCUACCUUCCUAGCUUGUAGUAGCGAGGCUGAAAGAGCACUGCCAUUGGUUCAACUUAGAUGGAGCAGUAGACUGAGAAGCCCUAAAGCCCCUAUUACACGUAUCCGGUUUCCUAUGGCGCCGUCGGUCACAACACUAGCAUAUGUUCAAACCGGAGCGUGUGAUAGCAAAUCGGCCGCAUGAACGCUCACCCACGGCCGGCCGGAUGAACUUUCGCCAGUACUAAAGUUGGCCGUACGGCCGUCGUACGUCACGACUGAGGACGUAGCGUGUAAUUGCUCACUGUAUGGUAUGACAUCAGUGUGAGGCUGCACCUGACAGUGGAAGGUCGCCACCAUGGCAAGCUCUUGCGCCAGUGAUUUCUUGAGUGACUUCAUAGAAAUUUAUCGAAAUGAGCCAUGUUUGUGGUUCAUUAAAUCUAAGGAUUAUUCAAACAGAGAAGUGAGAAAUGCAGCAUAUGGUAAAUUAGUAAAUAAACUUCAAGAAAUUGAUCCUAGUGCUAAUAAAGAUACUGUUGUUAAGAAAAUAAACAACUUGAGGAGCUCAUACAAUAAAGAACUUAAAAAAGUGCAAGCGUCUAAAAGUUUGGGGAGCGGUUCAGACUCCAUUUAUACGCCAAAACUCUCAUAUUUUCAUCUGAUGCAUUUCAUCAAAGACCAAAAUGUGGAAUGUGAACCAUCUGUUUCAAACAUGAGCCUUAAUACACAGGAAAUAAAUGAAGAGCAAUCUCAAGAAGACGAUCUUACUGAAGAGGGAGAAACCCAACAUGAGGAUGAUUCAUCGCUACUGCCUUCACGGCAUACUACAUCAGUCCUACCGGCACCACCAAAAAGGCGCAGAUCGGUACAAGGCAAAGCUGAUCACGUUUUGGACCUUGUAGCAAAAAGGAUGGAAGCACCUCCAAAUUCGGAAUAUGAUGUGUUUGGUAUGUAUGUGGCUAAAAGGUUACAAAGCUUGCAUUUAGCAAACCCGGGGAUGUAUCCGGUUGUUAAAAAGCUAAUAAAUGACGCUAUCUUCGAGGGUGAAAUGGGCACAUUGACGCCCUAUUCACGAAUUGCCCAAAACCAAGCUCCAUCUCUAUCUAGCACUCCUGCACCUACUCCAAGCCCAAGUCAUUACCAAGCUCCAUCUCUAUCUAGCACUCCUGCACCUACUCCAAGCCCAAGUCAUUACCAAGCUCCAUCUCUGUCUAGCACUCCUGUACCUACUCUAAGCCCAAGAGCAGAUUACAAUUAUGAGACAUAUGAUAUUCUCCAAAUGUAAUGUAGGUACACAUGUACAUUUAUGAACCUUGAAUACUCUGGAAUAAAGUUUGAAACUUCUAUAUUUUUUUUAAUUAACCUGGUAUGAAUGUUUCAUACUAAAACGAGAAAUUAUAGUUAUUUG